CCGGAAGUAGGGCGGGACCUAGGAUCUUUAUAAACAUGGCCGUUAAGUCCUUCACAGCAUCAGGUCCUGCGUUUGGCUGAAUUUGUUAGACUUUCAGGAAGUCACUUAGGGUAACUAGAACCGUGACAGGUGGCAAGAAAAUGUAGAGACCUAACGGGCGCUUCUAAAUUAUUUUCAUAGUUUUCUCUCGGCGUGGGGACGGCGUUAAUAAACUUCAUGUAGUACUUUAUGCUACCUAGCUAGGCAAGCUAACGCCGACGUCUCAACAUUAACUUCUGUCAACUUUUUCAGCCAGCUAACGCAAUUUGCUAGUGGACUGCUUAUCGAAAUGGAGGAGUGCCGUCGCUGGCCCAGAGUGUCUCGAUGAAUAUUUUACACACGGGCGUCUCGGAUUCACUCAGCUAAGGGCUGACCGAAACUUUCGUAAAGGCUCCUUUUGGGUUGUUUUUUUCCACUGGCAGCAGCCAGGACCUUGCCAGGCGCCCGUUUUGGAACAUCACCGAGAGGGCGGACAUAAACAAUGUUUUCUGUCAAACCCAUGAAACCAACCUUCAAGUGUUAUCUUCCACCUGUACAGACUGAUGUGAAGAAAACUAUUGAACCACCCAUUAAAAAGUUGGAGCCUAAGUUACUUCAAGGGGAGAUUGUUGUUAACGAAGUGAACUUUGUGAAGAAAUGCAUCAGUGCUGAAAGCAGCCAGGAUGACCUUUGGGGGAAGUUGAUAUGCACCAACUUUAAGGUCUCCUUCAUUCCUCAGGAGGCACCACUUGAACAGAAGUCCAAGUUGUCCCACCUUUUGCUUGGAGUGCAUGACAUCCCCCUCACCUGCCUGGAUCAAGUAGUAACAGUAAAUGAUACAAAAGGGAAAAAGAAAGUACUGGGAUCCAACCAAAAGCUGAAGUUCAAUCCAACAGAGCUUAUCCUCUACUGCAAAGAUUUGCGGAUCAUACGGUUCUGCUUUCAUGAGGCUGGGCCUGAGAGUGCCAGAAAGGUUUGCCUUGCAAUUGCCCACUACUCCCAUCCAGCUGAUCUUCACCUACUGUUUGGCUUUGAGUAUCAAGGGCGGCGUUACCAUGAAUCUAAAAGGGAGAGAGUCAAUGGUUCCACCCCUCGAGGAGGAUUACAGACCCCCAUUUUUGACCGUCCGUCAGACUGGGAUCGAGAGAUCAAGAGAACAGGGGCAUCAGAGUGGAGGGUGUGCUCUAUCAACGAAGGCUAUGCCAUCUCAGAAAGCCUUCCAGAGUACGUUGUGGUCCCAGUUUCUCUGGCAGACCAGGAUCUAAAGCAAUACUCCUUACUCUUUAAUGAUCAGCGCAUCCCUGUGUGGUGCUGGAAUCAUACGAACGGUAGUGCUCUUGUCCGCAUGACCAUCGUAAAUGAUCCAUUGCAGCAGAGGAAGAUUGAUCAGAGAGUCUUCACUGCCAUAACGAAAAGCCACCCACAACGCACUGAAGUCUUCAAGUCAGAGCUAGACAAAUGUCUGCCUAACAUUCAGGACAUCCAGAGUGCCUUUGUUAAAAUCAGGCAGAUCUGUGUCAUAGAUCCUUUUGAAGAGUCUGAGGAGAGGUGGCUUUCAUCCAUUGAAAACUCACGUUGGCUGGAGUAUGUUAGGGCUUUCCUGAAACACUCAGCUGAAAUGGUGUACCACCUGGAUGGAAAGAAUUCUUCAGUUAUUCUUCAAGAGGAAGAAGACAGAGACCUGAGCUGUGUGGUGUCCUCCUUGGUGCAGCUCAUGUUGGACCCUCACUAUCGCAGUCUCACUGGCUUUCAGGGUUUGGUGCAGAAGGAAUGGGUGAUGGCUGGCCAUCGCUUUUUGGAUAGAUGCAACCACUUGAAGAAGAAUGACAAAGAAGAGUCUCCACUGUUCAUGCUGUUCCUGGACUGCGUGUGGCAGAUGAUGAACCAGUACCCAGCAGCAUUCGAGUUCACAGAGACAUAUCUGACUGUACUGAGUGACAGCAUGUGGAUCCCACUCUUCAGUACUUUCCUCUUCAACUCUCCCAAACAGCGAGCUCAGUACUUGAUGGACUUUGCCAAGAAUAAAGCCAUCCCUCUAGGUGAAGACCAGGUUGUAUAUUUCCCUCCUGUUUGGAACUGGUCACAGCAGUUCUCCACCAAAGACCAAACCCUCUUUAACAACCCCAUGUAUGUGGGCAAAGGAGCUGCCUGCGUUCAGAAUGGAGAAGUCAAAUCCUUCAGACGCACAAAGCAGAAAACCUUUAGUUCGACUUUGCGUGGAACAUCUGCAUCUGUGCGUAAUGGAUUAAAGAGUGGAGAGGAUCCAUUGCCCCGACGGGGGUCUCUGGUGUCGGAGCUGAAGCCUGAUUUCUCACCAGUGAAAGACGAAAGCCCGUCAGAGCGCUUCUUCAGGGACUGGUUCUCUCGACCUGCUGACCAGCGGGGCCUCCUGAUUCCCCUCCUUAUGCCCUCACACAUGGCUCUCUGGAAACUCUUCUUCCUGCGCUGGAUUCCCGAAGCCUGCAUCCCCAAUGGAGGACCAAUCACCGCCUACUACAAGCUCUCCCAACUGGUUGAUGAAAUUGAGAUACUGCAGAGCCAGCUCAGGCAGUACAAGGGACCCAGUCCUGGCAACACACCACAACCCAGCCCAAGUGGGCCACUGUCAGACCAAAGGAGGAUGUAUUUUAAGGCCAGUUCCCCAAAUGACCCCCCAACAGACUUCCUUACCUCCUCCUUUCCUUUCACCCCUGUGGGAAACCUGUGCCGCCGCAGUAUCCAUGGGACUCCCAUUAGUAAAUUUCUGAACGGGGCAAGGAUUUGGCUCUCUACAGAAACUCUUGCUAAUGACACUGUGUGAGGUUGUGAGGCUUGCAUUUCUGAGCUCAGGCAUGUGUAACAAUUAACCAUCUUAUUUUCUAUUACCUCUUUCUUAAAUACUAAAGAGGAAAAUGAGAAAUGGAAAAAUUUAACUUUGGACUUUUUUGUUAUUUAUAAGCUAGAAUUAGCACCGUUGAUGCUGCAUUGAAAUCUGAGGUAAUUUCUAAACCAAAGUGUCUACAGACCAGAAUCAUUAUUGUCCAAUAGAGCUAAGGAAUUCAGAUGAACUGAAGCAUAACUGAAGCUUAGUAGCCAGUGAGUUAUUACUGUGAGGUCUCCUCUAACUGUGAAAAAUCAUCAUACUUCAUGCAUUUUUUUAAGAGAUAUAUUUUGGUGUCUACUUCAGCUUAGGCCUUUCUCAAGAUUUAGCUAAGCUAACUACAGAGGGUGCUUUUGUCGAUUUUAAUAUUGACAUGAGAUGAGGUCAAGAGCUCCAUGUGAUUUCCUGUGAUUAACUGCACAUUUUUAAAGCAAUAAUUGAAAUUUCACUAAGUAUGUGUGUAGCUAUCAGUUCAGUUGUCCUUUCUUUGGAUUCUCAUUGGUCAGGAAGACUUCCCCUACUGUAAUGGAAUUGAAAUUUUAAAUCCAAAAAGACAUGCUUGAAAUUAGAAAAUGCCUGUUUUUAUUGCAGCAGCAAUGAUGCAUUUCAGUGAACACUGAUUACUAAGUACUCAGUUUGUUUGAACCUUCCAGGAAAUGUAAUUGAAGAUAUUAUAAUAUUUUACCUGGUUUUUAUUUCAGAAAGAGGAACAGAAAAUAACACUGCUACUACAUAUUUUACUAAAAGAGAAAAAGAGGAUCUGGCCUGGUUGAAUGUAAUGGGGAUUUUCUCUCUUUUACUUUCUUCUUUUUUUUAACAAACCUAAUGCUAUUUGCUCCAAGUGCUCCCGUAUUUUAAUUGUUGUGUUGGGGUUUCACUGUAAGUAGCACAUAGUGUGAUUUCAGGGUUGUAGAUUUACUCUAUUUUUGAAGCAGAGAAACUGGCCUAUAUUUUUACUAUCAUGAAACAGGCAAUACUUAGAGGAGGAAGUGCAGCUGUGAGGACUUUAUUCUGUGGUAGAUAUUUCCUCUCCUCUUUUGAAGGGGGUUUUAUUGAACUUUUACAGAGGCCUUCUGGUAAGGCACUGAGGAGAAGCUAUUCACAUGAGCAGUAGCGGAAUCGGCGAAUAUUUGAAAGCAAAGGGACAGAGAAGGGUUUUGACUCAAACCAGUCUCUAGUUGAGCAUGUAGUGAACUUAAUAUCAGGCGCUGAUGAGACCAUUUUUGACAUUUCAAAUUAAAGUGAUGAUAAAGGUCUGUUGUCACCUAUAACUACAGUGCGUACAAAAAGAAAGGCCUGGUGGUUUCUACAAAGGGAAUGCACAAGCACAUUAAGUGUAUAUUCACUGUUAAAAAUACUGUUUGUAGCUAUAACAACACUUACAUUUGUAUUAACAUUUGCUCUUGUUUUUGUCCAGACUCUUUCUAGAGGAAUAAUAUAGUAGAAAACAACAGUUAAGUUACUGUACUUCCAGUCAGGCUAGCGAUAGUGAGGUUAGUGCAUUAAGAUGUUUAUGACGCCAUCAGAGAACUUUGUAGUCACUGCAUCCAGUGCGUGCUCUUCAAAGAUUUUGACAUAUGGAAGCUCUUUAAAAUGUCUUCUUGAGAAGUUUACUACCUCCUGAGCCAGGGACUGGUUUGAUGCACAUCAGGGGAAAUGGAUCCAGUGCCUCGUUAAAACUGAAAAACUAGCACUGUAUAGUAACCUAAUGUCUUAAAAUAACAGAGCAUAUAUUAUUGAAGCCCUUUGUCAUUAUAAAUAUAAUACCACUGGACAGACUCUGUAGUUGUCCUACUAUCCUCAAAUACUAGAUUGACCAGUUUCCAACAGAUAAACUCGUGAUUCUUUGGCAAUAACUAGUUCAGGUGUUUUUUGAUAUAGAUGUGUAUAGUGUGAGUGCAGAACCUGCUCUCCCAAAUGCUAUUAAUUGCACAUUUUACUUAAUAUAUAGGAUAGUUUGUUUUAAGGUGGUUGUUGAACAUAAUUUUGGCAAAUAUUAUAAAUACUGUAUAUGCUUGAAAUCUUCAAUUAAUAUUUUUGAUCAAUGGUACUAAAUAACUUUUAUCCUUGAUUUAGUCUUUAUAUGUUCUGGAGAGAUAUUUAUGUGCUGUGUUUUUCCACUAAUACACAGUGUUGCACUCUGUUGUAAUUGCAUGAUGAUUGGGCUUCCUCUGUAGCACAGUCUGAUAUUGAUUGGCAGCAGAUGUAUUUAUUCAGUUAUGCAAAUGUUCUCUGAGAGGGAUGCAAUUGCUACUGUAUAUCCCCUGUGCCUUUUUGGGAAGAUUUAACAUUUUUUUGUAACUAUAUUCUAAAUCUGUUGACUUAUUUUAGUUUUCUAAAACUGUUGAUUUAUCAAUUCUGUAAAUCUAGUUAAAUUCAGAGGUACUGCACUGAAGCUGUUUUUUUCCUAACAGAAAAUAAGGCUCAAAUGUGUACCAUUAACUAAUCAUUACACUAUUUUUCAAAUGAA